AUAAAGCUCGUUUAGAAUUGCGAUGUUCGAAAGAUCUCUCCUUUGUUCCAAUAUCCCUAGAUAUUAAAGUACCAAUUCUGCUUUCUUGGUUUUUUCGGGGGCUUAGAAAGCAUCAAUUCAUAGAUCAAAACCCAAGAAAGGCAAAGGCAGAGAAACAAUGACCAAUUCUUCACAGGAAAUGGCUGAUGUGGAAUCUGGAAUCCCGAAGGUACAGCAAGAACCAUCCGAGGCUCUCCGGAUCGUGGUCGAGAACACCGGGGCCGAAAACGUACCCAAAGAUGAGCCGAGCGUGUCCUCAUCCGAGCGUGUCGACCCCACCAUAGAGGAGCUCGAGCAACCUCGCCAGGACGACGUGGAGUCCUCAUCGGCAAAGGUCUCCAUUUGCCGGAUCCCGCACUAUCUCCAGGAUGGCGACGAGAAGGCCUAUGUCCCCCAGAUCGUCUCCCUCGGGCCGUACCACCAGGGCGGGGAGCACCUCCGCCUUAUGGAGCAGCACAAGUUGCGCUGCUUGCACCAGAUCCUCGAGCGCUCCCAUCACGAGAAGUGCCUCUAUCUGGACUCGGUGAAGGAGGUCGAGCAGAGAGCUCGCGCCUGCUAUGAGGGAACGAUAUUCAUGAGCAGCGACGACUUCGUGCAGAUGAUGGUUCUCGAUGGGUGUUUUGUGAUCGAGCUAUUCCGGGGAGUCGACGAGGGGUUCGAGAAACUGGGCUACCCUUGCAAUGACCCUGUCUUCUCAAAGUGGGGAUCGAUGCUCAAUAUCCAGAUCCAGCGCGACAUGAUCUUGCUCGAGAAUCAGAUCCCGCUCUUUAUACUCGACCGGCUGCUCAGCCUCCAGCUCGGCGUCCCCUACCAAAAGGGGCGCGUGGUCAAGCUGGCGCUCCAGUUCUUCUCCCCCCUGACCCAGAUUAGCGGAGACAUGGUGAAGUCGGACUCGUCAUCCGACCAGUGCGGGCUCCAUUGCCUCGAUGUGUUCUGGCGGAGCCUCCUGCCUUCGGGCCUGUACCGAGUGAGGACCCAGGGGUGGCGGCAGAACCGGCAACACCUCAUGCGCUGCGUGACUGUGCUCCGGGAAGCCGGGAUCAAGUUGUGCAACCGAUAUACGAACACUUUGGGGGACAUCAAGUUCAACCUCGAGGACGGGAUCCUCCAGAUCCCCCGGCUUGGGAUCCACGAAGGGACGAGGUCGCUCUUUCUCAACUUGAUAGCCUUCGAGCGGUCUCACUUCGAUUGCAGCAACGACGUCACCUCGUACGUAAUCUUCAUGCACAACUUGAUCGACUCCCCCGAGGACGUCGAGUAUCUCCGCAACCGCGGGAUCAUCGACCACUGCCUUGGGAGCGACGCCGAGGUCGCUGACCUCUUCAACCGGCUUUGCCAGGGGGUGGCCUUUGACGUCAGUGACAGUUAUCUCUUUCGACUGUCUUUGGAUGUGAAAUAUUACUGCGACUGGGGAUCCCCUCUUUUCCAUAGAGCCGGUAGAGGCAGAGGAGUUAGGAUCGCAAUGUUUUGCGAGCUCGUUUUCCGUUUUCUCGCCCAUCAGCUCGCUCGCAAGUGGAGAGCCUGGGUAGCCGUUCUCAAGAACAAGUACUUCGACAAUCCCUGGUCAAUCAUUUCCUUAAUUGCUGCUUUCAUUUUGCUUGUGCUUACUUUCUUACAGGCCCUUUAUGCAGUCUAUGGCUACUACAUGCCGCGCUCUUGAUUUCUCACGUAGUGGAGGAAAUUAUCUGACACGUAAAUGUCGAACAGGAUUAAUUUAAUUAAAUUAUGUGGGGGCAAUUUCUUUUGUAUUUUCUUUUAGUUUUAUUUUUAUUUAUUUUUUGGCUAAUCCCAAUCCUAAGGUCAAUCAUGGAUAAAGGACUAUAUUUUCCCCCUCUCGCAAUAAAUAAAAUCCUAGAUUGUGCC